ACACACAGAUAUACACACAACGCAAAUUAAGCUUUGGAAUUUCUACUUUUCAAUUUUGAAACAUGGCGCUUCCGAAUGCUGUCGUGUUGAACGUCCCAACAAGUGCUACAAAUACUUAUCUAUACCGUAAGGACGAUGGGUCUGUCGCUAACGGAGGUGACAACAUGUUCAGCCCGAUGGUUAAGAUUGAAAUCGAGCAAGCAACAGCAGGCGACAAAUACGUCCACCUCCGAUUCUCCUACUACAACAAAUAUUGGCAGAAGAGUGCAGACAACAAUUCCAUCGUGGCCGUAUCAAACAAGCCCGAGGAGGACGUGACGAUGGCGUCGUGCACGCUCUUCGAGCCAAGCUUGCAGUCGGAUGAGCUCUACUUGACUCACGUCCAGAGCGGGUGGCGUGUGAUGAUGGACAACUCAACCAAGGGUUUCUACAUUGACAAAGACAGCGUAGGCGCGACUCUAGGGUUUGUGGAUUGGGGCACAUUGGUUAAAAUGCCUCCGCACAUUGCUGUGAAAGGAGACAACGGGCAUUACCUCAAGGCUUUCAUAGACAAGAGCAACUACUACCUACAAUUUGCAUCAGAUGAUAGUAUCGAUGUUUAUUCUGGGCACACGGUGUCGCUGAUGCCCGAUGGACACGUCCAACUAAUUUCAGAUCAUUUUGGAAAAUUGUGGUGGGCGAGUGAUAGCUGGAUAUACGCGGACGGGAAGGGCAGUGAAACCAGCACUCACUUCUGGCCGAUCAAAAUUGAUAAUAACACUAUAGCGCUACAAAGUGCAUCCAACAACAGGUUUUGUGGACGUUUCACAUCAGAUGGUGUGACCGACGGUCUUGCUUCCUUAACCGGCACCCUCAUGAAAGAAACGAGAUUGCAGGUGGAAGAACUGGUGUCCCGGAGAAAGAUCUACUAUGUGCGGUAUCGGAUGGAGAACGCACGGGUAUACGACGAAAAACCUUAUUUGGCUGGCACGGCUAGGCUCACGAACAACACGGAUAAGGAUGAUUCCAUGGCUGUGUCCAUAACAUAUCAAGACGAGAAAUCUUAUACUUUUAGCCGUGGCGCAUCUUUAACAGCAGGGGUGAGCACUAGCAUCAAAGCAGGGUUGCCCUUCAUUGCAGAUGAACAGAUUGAAGUGUCAUUUGAGAUAAGCGGGACGUUGCAGUGGGACGAAACCACCACCACUACAACAUCAGUUACGGCAACGGGCACCGUUCCUGUGCCCGCCAACACUAUGGCUGUAAUCGAUUAUGUCGGGACAAGGGGUAGCUGCAAUAUCCCAUUUUCUUAUACUCAGGAAGACCACAACUCCACCAACGGCCGAAUUGCCUAUUUCCAACAGAUUGAUGGUGUCUACAAUGGCGUCAGUUACUACAACUUCGACUUUCGUGUAAGAUCAGUCAAGCCUAUGUGAAUAUCAGAACAUGGUCAUGUGUGCGGCUGCAUCGAUCACCUUUGCUUUUCAUUUCUACGUUCAUCUCCUCACUUUUAAAAAAAAACUGUGUGUUUUUAAUUAGGAGGUUAUUGAUUAACCUCCCACGUAUCUCACGCGUUUUCGUUUGAUACUAUGUUUAUUGUCACCAUCUUUCUUAUUUCUUAAUACUAUCAAUAAAGAUCGAUUGCUAUUUUAUUAAUUAAA